AUGCGUUUGUUCGUUAAGAAAUUUCCUUCUCUAAAUAGAGCGAUGAGAAGUAUCGCUUUUGAUAAAUUCUACAGAAAUGUACAAUUAAGGUGUUCAGAACUGCGAGUACAAGAAUUCGUCAUACAAAAUAGCAGAAUGGCACCUCCUGGACAAUCAAGUAGCCAACCUUUGCCAUCCAAAGAACUCACGCUGUUUCGUAAAGUUGUUAAACACUACGAGCACAAGCAGUACAAAAAUGGCCUUCGCUGUGCUAAAAUGAUUCUUUCUAAUCCACAAUUUGCUGAACAUGGAGAAACACUAGCGAUGAAGGGUUUAAUACUGAACUGUAUGGGGAAGCAUGAGGAAGCACAAGAAUGCGUCAAGCGAGGUUUGAAGGCUGAUCUCCGAUCUCAUGUUUGUUGGCAUGUCUUUGGUUUGGUGCAACGCAGUGAAAAAAAGUAUGAUGAGGCAAUGAAAGCCUACAAACAAGCUCUUCGUUUAGAUAAUGAUAAUAUGCAAAUACUCAGGGAUUUAUCUUUAUUACAGAUUCAAAUGCGAGAUUUAGAUGGAUAUCGUGAUUCACGUUAUCGACUGCUUAUGUUACGUCCUCAGCAGCGUAUUGCGUGGAUAGGUUAUGCGACUGCAUAUCAUCUCCUUAAAGAUUAUGAUAUGGCUUUAAAAAUUGUCAACGAAUUUUGUAAUAGUAAUAAAGUCGAAACUUUGGAAUACAAUUUCGAACGAAGCGAAUUGAUUUUGUAUCAAAACAUGAUUCUCCGCGAAUCUGGGCAACUAGAUUUAGCGUUGAGUAAACUGGAAGAGAAUGCUUCACAGAUAGUUGAUCGUGUUACAUAUAUGGAAACUCGAGCUAGUCUUCUAAUGGAUUUAAAUGAAAAAUCAAAGGCAGAAACAGUUUAUUGGAAUUUGAUCGACAGAAACCCAGAAAAUAUUAUGUACUACAAACAAAUCGAGAAGUGCAGAGGCCUUGAGGAGAAUGACGUCGAAGAACGUUUUGAAGUCUAUAAAAAAGCUCUAUUGAUGAAGCCUCGUGCUGCAACUCCGAAAAGAAUUCCUCUCUAUUUUCUUCAAGGUGUCCAAUUUGAAAGUUUGCUGCUAAAUUAUUUAAUAGUUGGCCUUCGGAAAGGUGUGCCUUCGUUGUUCAAAUAUCUUAUUCCUCUUUAUUCUGAUAUCAGUAAGGUUCACUUUUUAGAGCGUACACUUGUCGGUUUUGUACAUCGAUUAGAAGAUAACGGGUAUAAAGAUGGUUCAUUAGAUGACAGUUUUCUUCCGGAAUCACCAACAACAGUUUUGUGGUUGUAUUAUUUGUUAGCUCAGCACUAUGAUAAGUUGGGAUCAGUUGAACAAGCUAAUAUCUAUAUCGACAGAGCAAUAGAACAUACACCAACAUUGAUAGAACUGUAUAUGAUGAAAGCAAAAAUAUGCAAACACGCAGGUGAUGCGCAAGAAGGUGCGAAAUUGAUGGAGGAAGCUCAGUCCUUGGAUACUGCUGACAGAUACAUAAAUAGUAAAUGUGCUAAAUACAUGCUCAGAGCUGGGUUGAUUAAAGAGGCCGAAAAUAUGUGUUCCAAAUUCACAAGAGAAGGUGUUAAUGCAUCGACAAAUUUAAAUGAAAUGCAGUGUAUGUGGUAUGAAAUUGAAUGUGCCAAAGCAUAUCAGCGAACAGGGAAUUAUGGAGAGUCCUUAAAAAAGUGUCACGAAAUUGAAAGACAUUUCGUUGGAAUUUUCGAAGAUCAAUUUGAUUUUCACACCUACUGUGUUCGUAAAGCAACACUUUGCGCAUAUAUUGGAUUAUUAAGAUUGGAAGAUGUUUUGCGUCGUCAUAAGUUUUAUUAUGAAGCAGCCAAAAUUGCAAUCAGUAUAUACCUUCGUAUGUACGAUCAUCCCGAUGAAUUUAAUUCCGAGAAACAUAAUGGUGAAGUGAAUUUAUCAGCUUCGGAGCUGAAAAAGUUGAAAAAAAAGCAAAAAAAGGAGAAAGCUAGGGAGGCUGUUGAAGCAACUGUCAAACAGAAACAAACAAAUUCAAAAAAAGUUGAUGUUGAUGGGGAUGGUUUCGUAGCAGAACCUCUUGAUGCCGAAAAACUUCUAAAAGUAAAUGACCCUUUGCAAGAAGCUAGCAAGUUUGUCCUGCCUCUUCUUCAAUUGAAUAGUGAACAGUUCGGUGCAUACAUAUUGGGUUUUGAAGUUUACUACAGAAAAAAAAAGAUAUUGCUGAUGUUGCAGUGUUUGAACAAAGCAAUCAAACUGGAUGCAUGCAAUCCGAAAUUGCAUAUUGUAGCUGCCAAAUAUUUACAUUAUUAUAGUCAAGUGCAGCUAGAAGGAACAGUUAAAAAGUUAGUUGAAGAACUAACAGACAUCAUGUUUCCGGGGACCAGAUCCGCUUUCGAAUACAAUGCUGUUUUCAGGGCCGCUAAUAUCACUUCAUUUCCUCAUCGUCUUGCUGCAGCCGAAAUUGACAUAUUCUUGGAUCCUAACUCUGCUGAUACAACAAAGAACUGGUUAUUACGCUCACUAGAAGAUAACCGAUUGAGUGGUGUGACUUUGAAGAAUAUUGAAGCAUUUUACGGUGGGGUUUUAUAUGGCAAUUAUGGGAACUGGUCGACUGAUGAGAUGAAACAGUUAACGAGACGAUGCCACCAACUUUUCAGUAGCGCAGCAUUAUUUGGCGGUGGCCUUGAUUUAGCCCAGGAAAAGGAAAAUAAUAAUGCUAAGCAGGUUUAGUA